UAAAGCGCGUAGAUGACGCGGAAGCGUAGUCCGUUCUUGUUCGGCAUCGCGUCACGACGUUCCUCAUUCGACGUUUCGCGCCGUUUGUUUGUAUACUAAUUUUAAAUUCGAAAUCUUAUGAUUUUUUUUUUCUCGUAAUUUUACUCGAUAAAUAAAAUAUAAUGGAGCAACAGAAGAGAGUGGUCGACGAUGGAAAUCUAUUUUCGUGGAUCCAGAUUAACAAAAAGUAUUUCAGAACAGCUCCUGGUAUCACUAAAAUAAUCCAAGUGGUGUUGGGUAUAUUAUGCCUUAUUUUGGCGUCACCGGCAGUCCACGUAUCCACAUUAUGGUUCUCGUACGUGAUAAUCAUCGCUAUCGUUGUUACGGUAAUAUGGAGUUUUAUAUACCUGCUAUCGGCCCGAGAAGCGGUCAGUUUCCCGAUUAAUUGGCCAUUAACCGAAAUGUUGAAUAUGUGUUUUAUGGCCAUUAUCGUCGCAAUAGCCACAAUAUUCCAAUUAUCGCAUUGGAUCGGAGCACGUUAUUUGCAAGAAUGUGUACGAAAUGUUAUUGCCGGAGUGCUUGGCAUCGCAUUAUGUGUAUUUUACCUGAUCGGUGCUGGAUUAGCGUACAUCGAAUGGAGGCAAACGCAUACUAUCAAUUCGUCGUAAAAUAAUGAUCAUCGUCGUCGUCGUCGUUCGAUUAAUCGAGUUUUAAUUUCAUCACUUUUAUGCGCACAAGUCAUAUAAUACCAUUUUGCCUGUUGUUUUUUUUUAUCUCUUUUUACUUAUUUCUGUCGUGUAAAUUAUUCGUUCAAAUCACUUAUUUAUUAUUCUGUUGCGACUAAAAAAAAAGCAGAAAAAUCGAUGCAUUUGUAAUUAUUAUUUUAUACUCAUUUUUUUUCUUCUUUCGUGUAAACACCACCAAUUCUCUAAAGGUCAAUUUUUUUUAUGAUUAUUUUAUAAGGUUUACAUUUUUUUUCUCGUUUCAUGUUACUCGUUGCAACACCAACUUUCUUAUUAUUUAGUACCUAAGAAUUCAUUAUUAACUAUUUACCUCAUUUUUAUCCGGACCAUAAGUAACAAUAAGCCAAUUCUCAUUUUUUUUAAAUUAAUAUUUCAUCGUCUUUUUUUUACUUAACUUGGAGCUACAACGAAUGUACAACUUUAUAUUUUUAUGCCUGAAAGUCGCCUGAUGGCAAUUUCAAUGCAUUGGUGUUGAAUAAGUUGCCUACCUGUUCCUUGAUCAAGAUAGCGGGAUCGUAUUUACGGGGUUUUGUGUAGGCAACUUAUUUGACAUCUGUAUACAUCAAGAAUGUCAACAUGCCAUGCAUUUUUUAAGAUAGGAAGGUACGAAAAAAGUACGCAAUUUUGAGGAAAAAACUAGUCUAUAGUGAUAAGAAAAUUUUCCUGUCUCCUUCAUGUGAUCAUUAUCUGAUUAAUUUCUGAUAUUUUUUAUACAGGGUGUUCUGGAAAUCGUCUGCCAAAAUUCAACUGUAGAUAGUACUCGAGAAGACGAACAAAAAUUAUUAUUAUUAUGACAAAUUGCCUACCUUGUUAUGCUGACAAUGCCACAAUCCCAAACUCGUGUACAAAAACUGAAAAAAAAAGGACACGAGUUACAAAUUUGAAUAAAUACCAAAGAAAUUGCUAAAAAAAUUGAGAUAUUAUCUUAUCAGUAUCACACAAUUUUCAAAAAUGUACACUAUAAUGACAGUUCCCAAUACUGUUUUUUUUAUUGUUCUAGUACCUAUUUUAAUAUCCGUCCAAAUGAUUUCGUUGUGGCGCCCUUUCUUUCAUUAUUAAGAGACCCAUUAGACGCGAUACUUAUCUCAAAUUACCCAAAACCUGAUAAUUCUUCGGCACACAAAAGUAAUAACACGGUGUGAAACGGCUGUGAUUUUUUCUUUUUCAAUUUUAAGCAUUUUUUUUUUUUUGGUCGCGUCUAAUGAGUCUGGACUGGAAAAAUAACCACUGGGAAUAAAUUCAACGAGACGAGAUAUCUGUGGUGGGGGUAUUGGUUGAAUUUUGACUGAGAAAUAAUAGACUUGGAAGUUGGAUGUCUCGUACUCGGUUAUUUUAUUAUUGUUGUUAUGCCCCUCUCUCAUUCAUGUAAUGUUAAGUAUAAAUGGACUCACUUUUGUAAUAUUAUUAUAUUUUAAUCUUGUAUUAUUCGAGAUGUUUUUGUUAUAAUUUUCUAUGAUAUACUUCGGUUACAUAUUUUUGUUCAAAUACAUAUUGUUAUAUGUCUGUUUCUUA